AUGCUCUGUAUUUCGACAUAUCGCACUGCAAGAAUUCCUCACAAGUUUCCUUCCCUCUACCGAGUACUAUCUUACGCGAGAACAAUGGCAACCAUCACCCGCCGUGUCACUGACCCGUCUGGCAUAGCCUCACAUUUUAUCACAACCUUGGAGGACAUGAAAGGCGAGGUGGAACACCUUGAAAGGAUUAAAAACGUCCUUGACGAAUUCCCCAUCGAAAUAUGCAAUGAUGACACCACCAAACCUCAACCCACUGCCUCUCAAACACUUGAAAAUCUUCAGGAAAUGGUCCAGGAAGCCAUAAAAUACCGAAAACGCAGCAUGGAUAAAACGGAAGUUACGCUCAAAGAACUCUGCAACACCAGCGAUGUCGAUGCCAAAGUUAUAGCCCGAACGUUUGAAUACCUCCAGUGCCAUCAAGCCGACCGAUGUGAAAUGGAACAUCAACAUCUUGAGAGCCAUCGCACCUACCGAAGCGAAUCCGAAAAGGAAUGCCAUGGCAGCAGUGAGGCGGAAAAUGAGCGCAUCUAA